CUCUGCGCCAUAUUGGCAGUCUCCUCCAUCUCACCAGACGUCGAGCAUGCACGUCCCAAACCUGUUAUCGAGGAGAUAUAAUUUUAAUAUUUAGCCGCCUGCAAGCCGCUACAGCACCAUGGAGGCAGUCAAAGCCUUCAACAACGAGCUGUACUCGCUCAAUGAGUACAAGCCUCCCAUCUCUAAGGCCAAGAUGACCCAAAUCACCAAGUCUGGAAUCAAAGCUAUUAAAUUUUACAAGCAUGUGGUGCAGAGUGUGGAGAAGUUCAUACAGAAGUGCAAACCAGAGUACAAGGUUCCAGGUCUGUACGUCAUCGACUCCAUCGUCAGGCAGUCGCGACACCAGUUUGGCACAGAGAAGGAUGUUUUUGCUCCGCGCUUCAGCAAGAACAUCAUUACUACAUUCCAGCACUUGUACCGCUGCCCUUCAGAUGAUAAGAGUAAGAUAGUGCGAGUCCUCAAUCUCUGGCAGAAGAAUGCUGUGUUCAAGAGCGACAUCAUCCAGCCUCUAUUGGACAUGGCCGCGGGGAUUGCUCCUCCAAGCAUCACCCCCAUCAUGUCAAGCAGUGCUGCCCCAGUCAACAACACUACACCUGGUACUCCAGCUACCCCAGCAACGCCAGCAAACAUUGUCCAAGGACUCCCCGACUGGGCGUCCCAAAUCACUAACACAGAUACUGUUGCUGCAGUCGCCCAAAUUCUACAAAGUCCUCAAGGACAGCAGCUUCAGCAGCUUGUCCAGAGUUUGCAGAUGCAACAGCAGAAACCACAGCCGUCUCUACUUCAGGCUCUUGACGCUGGCCUCGUGGUGCAGUUGCAAGCUUUGACUGCCCAGCUGACCGCUGCAGCGACUGCCAACAGUCUUAACCCACUGGAGCAGAGGGUGGCUUCUUUCAACAAGAAACUUUUGGGUCAGUUUGACUUCGGGAAUGAAUCCAGCCGGGGCGAGGACUCCAAGAAGGAUGGUACUUCGUCCCAAUUGCCCAUGGUAUCGGAGCCCAUCAACAGCUCUCUCUUCCACCAGCUCGCCGAGCAGCUUCAACAGCAGAACCUUGAGCAGUUUCAAAAGCAGCUGUUGGAGCACCAGCAGAAGGCUUUGGGCAUGGACACUCAGGACUCCAUCUUUGGAAAAGAGAAUUCUGUUGCUACUGGUCAGAGUAGUGGUCAGCCACAGCUCCCUGAGCAAGACAAUAAGAUGGAUGACUCCAUGGACAACCAGCAGCAGGACAUGGACCUUGAUGAUGGCCCAGAUGGCAUCGAGGGAGAGAUCUUUGAGCCGGAUGACAAGAAGACUCGCUCCAGGACUCGUUCAAGGUCACGCUCAAGGUCUCCAAAAAGAAGAAGGUCCCGCUCUCGCUCCAGCUCUCGUAAACGGAAGCACCGCAAGAGGUCACGCUCACGCUCCAGAGAUCGCAAAAGGAAAUCCUCCCGGUCGUACUCCAGCGAAAGACGUGCCAGAGAGCACGAGAAGGAGCGGCAGAAGAAAGGACUUCCCCCGAUACGAUCCAAAACCCUAAGUGUGUGCAGUACAACUCUCUGGGUGGGCCAGGUUGACAAAAAGGCUACACAACAGGAUCUGACAAAUCUGUUUGAAGAGUAUGGUCAGAUAGAGUCGAUAAAUAUGAUCCCACCCCGCGGCUGUGCCUACAUCUGCAUGGUCCACAGACAGGAUGCCUAUCGGGCUCGCCAAAAGCUGAGUACUGGCGCCGUCAAAAUCGGCUCAAAGGUCAUCAAGAUUGCCUGGGCCUUGAACAAAGGAGUGAAGCAGGAAUACAAGCAGUUUUGGGACGUGGACCUGGGUGUCACCUACAUACCCUGGGAGAAGGUCAAGCUGGACGACUUGGAUGACUUUGCUGAGGGAGGAAUCAUUGACCAGGAGACGGUCAACGAUGAAUGGGAAAUGGUAAAAAAUACAGAGUCUGCCAAAGAGGCCACUAGCCAGCCGACCAACGCAGAGACAGCCACACCGACCAACUCCCAAGCAGAAACAUUCAACCAGCAGGUCACCAUGAUGCCUGUGCAGUUGCCGGUGACACAGGCUGUCCCAAAUGCGGUCGGUCUGGUCCCACCUACCUUCCCUGUCAACAUGGGAAUCCCCCCGCCUGGUUUCGGGCCUCCACCACCGUUCAUGAGGCCCGCCUUCAAUGCAUCGCAGCCACCUCCAGGUUUUCUGCAGGCGGCACAAACGGCAGCAUUGGCCUCCGCUCCAGCUUCCUUAGUGCAGCCUUCAGUGGCGACCAGCCAAGAGAGUGUGAAAGAUUCCCCAUUUGCAGCGAUGAUCCCUACAACCAGUGGAAUCCCCGGCAGCUUCAUGCCUUCCGCCAUCCCUGGAGCCAGCGUGUUUAAUCCAGUGGGGCUGCAGGCUCAACAGGCUGUCGGUGAUAAAACGCAGCAGUCUGAGGGUCUGGACGCUGCUGCUGAGCUCACACUGCAAGGAAUGCAGAACGCUGUCCGCAGUGGGAUGGGUCUCCUCGGCAUGCACCCCACUGCCUCCCUCCCUCACCCUCUCCACCAAGCUGGCCUGCCGGGUCAGAGACUGCCUGGAAUGAUGCCUCCAAACCUACUCCAGGCUGGUGCUGCUGCCCGCUUCCCUCUCCUACUGCAGCCAGGCCAGCAGCCUCCAAACCUUCUGGAUGCUUCCCUUCAUGCCCGUGUGAGAGCCCCCUUCCCUCAGAUUGACCCCUAUAACAGACCCCCAAACUUCAACAAUGACAUUGCACCCAAGACUGAAGAGUCUUCCUCCACUGCGGACGAGGGCAAAGAUCAGGACUAUCGCUUCCCGCCAAUAGAAAAGCAAAGUACCGGACUCCUCAGGACACCACCUCCAGAGCACCGGGAGAAUCUUGGCAAUGCAGCAACAGGGAGUGGGGGAAGUGGUGUUGGAGGAGGUAGACCACCUUUGCUUCAGACUCCAGGGACUCCCACUCAAAGACCCAGUUUGCUGGGCCGCCUACAGGCUCUGGCUGGCUUCACUCCUGAUAACCGCUGGAACCAGACCAGAGGGGACUUUGAUGAGCGUGAUGGCAUCCAUGGAGGCCCACAACCAGCCUCUGGACCCCAAAAAAGCUUCCAGGAAGAGCGCCCACCUGGGCAGAACUUCUCCAACCGUUUUGACAACCGUUCCACCGGAGGCCCGUCUUCAGGAAGUGCAGGUCUGCCACAGCAGGCUUGGAACCGAGGAGGCGGGGGCCCCAGUGAAGUGCAUCAAGAUCUGGAUGAGCGUCGGCGUCCCUGGGACAGACAGCGAGACAGAGACGAAAGAGAAUUUGACUUCAGGAGAGAAAUGAACGGGAACCGGCAUAGUCGCGAGCGUGACAGAGAACGAGAACGAGAACGGGAACGAGAGCGGGGCAGAGACCGUACCAGAGAGAGUGAUCGAGAUAAAGAGAGAGAGCGAGAAAGAGGGGGCUGGACUCCCCUCCUCCCCCUACCGACUCCUCUGCUUCCCACCCCUCCACUCAAUCCCAAUCUGACCAUGAAUCAGGGGAAGCCUCUGACCUCAAUGAAAGUAAACCCACAGAACCAGUCACGAUUCCAGUCCGCACUUCUGCAUGAGCCUCCAUCUAAACCUUCCCUUCUGGGUCAGCCACCGCUUCACGUCCCGAUGAAGUCCCCCCCUCCAUCACACAGCCAGGAUGCUGCAACCACUCUGCUAGAAACCCCUGGCCAAUCUGAGCUGCCUCAAGUGGAAUCUCCUUCUUCUGUCACACCAACAUCAGAAGAUAAUGAGGGGACCAGGACCCCCUCUGUGAUGGCAAAAUCGCCUAAAGGCCCCGAUACUCCAACACCUGUCGAAUCCCCAUCUCUGCAACCAACCCAGUCCCUGUCAGUGACCCCCACUUCUUCAGGAGAAGAAACCCCCAAGCAGGCCUCACCCGCUCUCCCUUUAACAAGGGACUCACCUGUGGCCUUGAGACAAGAGUCCCCCCCCACUGAAGAGACCCCCUGCUCUCUGGAGGGGCAAGAAAGUCCACAAAAGGAAGAGAAACCAACCCAAGAGAAACCUUUUUCUCCACAGCCGCAGUGUGCUAAUGGACCCCAGACGGACUCUGUGGCUGAGCCUACUCCUGAAGUUUCACCAGAGCCGGCUCCAGCCUCCUCCCCUAAACCUCUGCUCCCUGAAGGUGUAGCAGAACAGGAGCAGCGGAUGGUCUCUCCCCAGGACGUAGACAUUGAGCCGGUGGAGGAAGCUGCGAGUCAGCCAGUAGUGGACACUGUCCCCGAGACAGAGGGGACAUAAUCAUCACUCAGUAGGUAAAAGAUCAUUUUGUAAAGUUGUCUCUUCUUCUCUGUGCUCAUGUCAGCAACCAUCAGCACCACAUGGGACAUAAUGACUCACUCUGAUUUUAACCUCCAAAACACUUGUGUACCCGCAUAGAUCCACUGAUAGAUCUUUUAUUUGUUUUUGAUUUUAAAACUGAAAACAACACCCUCCAUAAUUUUAUGAGGUCUGUUUGGGCCAAUUUUAUCAAAUUCAACCUCCCAAAAUGUUUGAGUUGUGCAAGUGGGAACUCAGUUUUGACCUUCCUAUGGAAGAGAGGAAGAGAUCCCGGCUAUUCAACAAUGGUUUGAAAUUUGUACUUGAAAAUGUUGCUGGUUCAAUUGUUGUCUCUUCUUUUUUUAAAUGCUGCUGUUUUCGACGAUUCAUGGCAUCCUGCACCGCUUUCUGUUUCACAACAGAACCUGUAGUCUGACACCGGUGCGCCUGCUUAUAUAAUUGGAGCCGUCAUGGAAGCAAAACAAUGUUGUAUCCCCAAAAUAAAUGUCUGUAAUUUGCUUCUACUUAUUCCCUGAACACUGACAGACGUAGAAGACGAGGGAUAUUUGGAUGUUUUAGUGUGAAAUAAACAUGCUUUUGUCUCUUUAAACACAUGCUUUAGGACUGCUUUCUGACCAGGACCGGCGGAAACUUAAUGUACUUUGUCACUUCAGGCCAAUUCUCAAAUUUCUGCGUGAACAUCCAUCCGCAGAGCACUUUUGUUGGAUUUCAUUUUUCACUUCAGUUUUUGUUUCCUGGAGCUUUUGCUGCGUGACUGCUGCAGAUUGGAUUGUGCCUUUUUUUCCUUUUUUAACAUAACAUGGAUAUGACGUUCACGAUGCUGCCCAAGUCUACUGCGUGAUUGACUCCAGACUCUGUCCUGCGCUGAAGUUGGUAGCGGGACGGUGUGUACAGCACUCACCUACAAGUGUUAUCUCAUUGUUGAGUGCAUGCAGGCCUAUAGCUCUUGUCUCCUCUUCAUUUCAACUUGUAGUGAUGUUUCUGUUGACGUACCACUCUAUAGGUAGGACACUGUUCUCUCAGACCACUCCAGGAGCUGUCCUGUUGAAUAAAUGGUGCAUCAAUAAUCCCCACUUCCCUUUUUAUUCUCAUGAAUCCAGAUGGAUUCCCCUACUUGAAUGCCAUGUUUCUAGUCAACACAUGAGUAUUUGACAUUAUUUUGCACUUGUAGAUGCUGAAAACCAUCAAUAUAAAUGUAAGGGAAGAAAUGGAAACUCAUCCUAGCCUUCUGUUCUAUUGCGAGAUAUUAACAUUCCUGGACGAAUUGUUUUAUCAUGUCACCAAACAUGCUGGAAGAAUUGGCCAAUUUCCUUCCUUUAUUCUCAAAAACAACAUUUUAACUCCUUGACUUCCCUUGAUGUCACUGCCGGUUUCCAUGUCAAGAAUAUUUAGACUCAAAAAAAAUGUUUUCUCUUUUUCUGCAGUGAGUGCAAUGGCAAGUAAAUAUGUUUUUAAAUGAGCUUUGUUGAAGUAUAUAGGCAAUGAAUAGUAAAAUCAACAAGCUGCGUUAUCAAUGUGUAUGAAGGCAGAUUUGGAAAACAGGUUACGAGAACCCCGAGACUUAUACCGAUGAUUUGAAUGUUUUUUUGUGUGCAUAAUACUAGCAUCAUAGAACCCAACUGUUAUUUCAAGAGUUGCGAUCCCAUUAGUGAGUCACCAAGUGUAAAACAUAGUUCCAUCCAUACACAGAGAAGUGGAUGUAUUUCGGUGUUCUGCUGCACCACUUUCAAAAAUUCUUGUGUUGAGGUGAUGAAGUGAACAAUAUUAUCAUUCAAAGGUUUAAUACCAAGUUUGAGCGAUUACAGAAACAAACUAAUGCAGUGAUCCUCCUUCAUAGCCUAAACAGAUGCAUGCUUAUAGUAAUACAAGCCCUCACAUAUAUGUUGCCAUGGUGACUGCAACAUUAAGAUUUGAUACAAUUCACAGCUGAGUCAGCAAAAAAAAACAAACUCCCCUAACAUGUUAAAAGUUGGUCUUGCGAUCCAAGACCAGCUGCAUUUUCAGGAAGCCUUUUUCUUUGAGGACGAUUUAUCACCUCUGCACGAUGAAUCCGCUUCUAUCAGCCCUGAAACAGGCAUGGCAGCUAUAAACAUAAAUCCUCCUCAGUGAGGUCCCACAUCCGUCAGCCCUGUUUAUCUGAGGCUCCGUAAAGGGGCAGAGACGGAUUAAAUUGAAGAAACCCAUAAAGCUAAGACUCUGGAUUCUUGUCUUCAAGAGCUUUGGUGUUAAUAAAUGUGAUUCAGGGUUGUUUUGUGGAGGAUUUAAGUGAAACAAGUAACAUGAUGUCAUGUUUUAUUUUACUACUUCAUCUAGUAAAAUUAGUUAAAAUAAAUGUGUUGGAUUCCAUUUUCAGGACGAAGCCGACAAUUGAGUGAUGAUGCCCAGCACGUUAGUUACCUGAAUAUCAGUUGCAAAUACCUAGAAAUGCAUGCAAAUAAAAAGAAGCUGGCAUCAGAAUGAGCAAUUCAGAAUCAGAAACAACUUUAUUGACAUGCUCAGUGGAAAUCCCACCAACUAGGAAAGUGCUUUGGAUUAAAGUGCUGUCAUGAAUAAAAUAAAAAUAGAAUAAAUAAAAUCAAAUAAGUGAAUUAGCAUCCAGCUCAGAUUACAAAUUUGAGAAACACAAAUUGCCCAUUCAUCAUGUAUUUUUUUCCCCCCAUCGCUCCCCAAAUCUGAUAUUUUGGGUAUUAUCCAUGAAAUAACCCAACAUACUGAGUCUGGCUUUCAAACCAGGAAGGACACGGCUGCAGAGUCUGGUUCAGAAGUAAGCGAUGGUUAGAGAACCGGCAGAUGUUUGCACUGUUCCUGGGUAAUGAGGAUGCUGUGGCAGUC